CAGCCCAUUAACAGUAAUUAACUAAUUUAACUUAUUAAUGAGUUAAUUUCCAUUUAACUAAUAUUGUUAAAUAUCAUUAAUUCACAAUAAUAUAUAAUUCACACUUAACUAAUAAAGUUUGAAUCCUAACUUAAAUCACUACAAAUCCUAAAUUAUGCAUUAACAAUAAUUAACUAAUUAAUAAACAAAUUAAACCUAAUCAUCAUUGAUCAAUUAACUAAUAUUUAAAUCUAACUAAUAUUAUCAACUCAAAUUCUAAACCCAUUUCCUCAAUGUUUUAACUUAAUUAAUUAGUUAAUUAAUUUUCAUUUAACUAAUAUUGUUGUUAAAUAUUAUCUCAUUAAUAAUUCACAAUAAUAAUUCACACUAAACUAAAUAAUAAUAAAGUUUCAAUCCUAGCUAUAUUAUGCAUCCCAUUAACAAUAAUUGCUAAUAAAUAAUAAUUGGUGAUGAUUAAUAACCUAAUAAGCUAGCUAACUUAAUUAAAUCACUACAAGUCACUAAUUAAUUAAUCUAUAAUAAGCUAGCGAAUACUUAAAUCAUCACUACACAUCCUAAAUUAUGCAUUAAUAACAAUAAUUGCUAAUAAACAAACCGGCCUAAUCAUUGGUGAUAUAAACUCAUUUAACUAAUUAAUUAAACAAACCGGCCUAAUCCUAGCUAUAUUAUGCAUCACAUUAACUAAUUAAUAUUUAUAUUUAAAUUUAACUAAUUAAUUAAAUUACGUUAAUAGUUUAAUAAUAUAUUGUUAAUAAUAUGAAAAUUAACAUGACCUCACUAAAUUACGUUAAUAGUUUAAAUAAAUGAACAGCUAACCUCACUAAUUAAUUAUUAAGCUAAUAAUUAAUUAUUAUUAUAUAAAGAAAAAAGAAUCCUAACCUCACUAAUUAAUUAUUAAGCUAAUAAUUAAUUUAUUACACAAUUAAAAGAAAUUAGUUAAAAUGACAUACCUUAUCUGCAUAAACUGGGAAAAUGAUGAACUGACGGAUUACAUCAUUCAAUCUUUAAACCGAUACUACAUCACUCGAAUCUACGAAUUUUUGAACUGAUAAUUGUUGUUCUUGCAAUUGUAAUGGACGAUGGGGUUGGGUUAUAUAAAAACGUUUGUCACGGAUUUGUCACGGAUUUAUCCGUGACAACCCUUUUUUCGUACUGUAUUAUUAAAGGUUACCGCUGGAAAAUCAAUAAUUGAAGUUUGUCACGGCUUUUAUCACGGAUGGAUCCGUGACAAAGUUUUUUUGAAAUUUGUCACGGAUUUGUCACGGAUCUGUCCGUGACAAAUGCCCGGGAGCAAAAAAAGUAUUCAUCGGAGUAAAAAACCGGUCGCCGGAGUAAAUUUGUCACGGAUCAAAUCCGUGACAAUAUUUUGUCAUGGAUUUUGUCACGGACCUAUCCGUGACAACACAUUUUCGUGACAAAUCCCAAUAUUCUGUGACAAAGCCCGUGACAACUUUGUCAUGGCCGUAAUCCGUGACAAAAAUCCGUGACAAAGAGCGAGUUUUUUGUAGUGAAUGAAACUGUUGGUUUAGAGAAUGUUUUUGUUGCCCCUGAAAAUGAUAAUUUUGUGUCUGUCACUAAUUCGGGAGACACACCCGAAUAUAUUGCUACUGGCUCGCAUAGGGUGGAUUUAAUCGCAAUGUCCGAAAAACUUUCUGGGCUUUUUUUCAAGCGUUGGCAACAACGCAUGAAAAAUUGGUUAAUCACCAAAGGCUUGCUUUCGGUGGUUAUUAUGGUGUGUCCUCCAGUUGUUGAAUCUGAUCCCAAAAGUCUUGAAUGUCAUGCAAUUUGGCGUGAGAGGGACGAAAUUGCAAAAGGCAUGAUUCUCAUGGGUUUAUCCGACAUGUUGUUUGAUGUCUAUUGCAUCCUCCAUGGGACGGCUAAACACCUUUGGGAUGAGUAGGAUAGGAAAUAUAAUACGGAUGACCACGGUCUUGAGAAGUAUAUUGUUUCUAAAUUCCUGUGAUUUGACAUGAAAGAAGGUAAAUCAGUUUUAGAAAAGACACAAGAAUUUGAGUUUAUCUUACAUUCUCUUUGUGAAGCGGAUAUGGAAUUGCCGGAAAAAUUUAAAGUGAUGGCAGUCAUAGAAAAAUUUCCCAAGUCAUGGGAAGAUUUUGGUAUGACUUUAAAACAUAAAAUGAAAAAAAUCACUUGGAAAUCUUUAAUGCAUUCCAUAUCUGUUGAGGAAGAGCAUAAGAAAGUGGGCUACGUUGCGCCUAUGGAUUUUCAACCAAAGGCUCAUGUUGUAACCGGGGGAAACAAGCUCAUAUUUCUAAAAAUAAGCAACUGUCAUCUUUUAAACCCAUAAAAGCCAAAAAUUGCAAAGAAACCAAAGGCAAACCAACCAUGCUGGAACUGUGGACAGAUGGGGCAUUGGGCCAAAUUGUGUCUUAACAAAAAGGCCAAGGCUCAAUCUGGGAGACCUCAAGUUAACAUGGUGACUGGAGGGACUAGUUCUAAUGGCCUGUGGUUGAAAGAAUGGUGAUGAUGGGGAACACAAGUGCUGCAAGUGUGCAGGGAAUUGGAAAAGUAGAAAUAAAAUUUACUUCAGGAAAAAUUAUGUCCUUGCAUGGGGUUCGUCACGUUCCUGAAAUUAGAAGGAACAUUGUUGGUGGUUCCAUUUUUGUUAAGGAGAGUUAUGAGCUAUCUUUUAAAUUAAAUAAAAUUGUAAUUUUAUUUGGUGGAACUUUUAUUGGCAAGGGUUACUUGUGAGAUGGACUUUUUAAGAUUGUGGUUGAUUAUUUUGAAUUGAAUUAUGUAUCUAAGAAUUGUGAUUCUUCUUGUUUAUGGCAUUGUCGGUUGG